AUGUAAGGAUUGCAACAAGGUGAUUUAAUAGGAAAAACGCACAAAGUUAAGAAACCUCUAUCCCGAGUUUCCUUUUGCAAAGUGUAUUUAGGGAGAAAUAUUGAAAAUGGUAUGAAGGUGGCAAUUAAGGUUGAAAGAGAGGAAAUGUCGAAUUUUUUGACUUUAGAAAGAGAUUUAUUGAUAGGUAGAAAUUUUGAAGAAAUUAAGAGGCUUUCAAUAGGUACCUUAAUUACUUGGCAUGGAAAACAUAAUGAAUUCUAAGUAAUGAUAACGAAGAUGCUAGGAUUUGAUUUAAUUUACUUCUUGAAAAAAUAUAAGAAAUUCUCAAUUGAAUGCAUUUUUAACAUUACUUAGCAAAUGAUAGAAAUGUUAGAAAAUAUUCACAAUAAGAAUAUAAUUCAUAGGGAUUUAAAAUCAGAAAAUAUUCUGUGUAAAAGACAUUCUGACUAGAUAUAUUUAAUUGAUUUUGGAAUUGCAAAAAUUUCUGUAAAAUGUAAGAAAUAAAGUAUGCCAGUGUAACUGGAAUUAGAGUAAUCCAGAAGAGAUGAUUUAGAAUCUUUAGGUUAUGUUUUGAUAUACCUUCUCAAAUAGAAAUUAUCAUGGUCUAAUUCUGAGAAAUGCGAAAAUGAUCUUUUAGAGAGGAUUGGAUAAUUAAAAUAUGAAAUUAAACCAUAAGAACUCUGCCAAGGCUGUCCACAAUAGAUAUUAAACUAUAUGACUUAAGUAGCAGAAUUGAAUCAUCAAUAAAUUCCUAAUUAUUAAAAGCUGAAGUUAAUUUUCAAUUGA